AUGAGAUUUAAUUAGCCAACAAAAAUACUAUUUAAUUUGUAAUAAUAGUAGGCUAUAUUGAUUAAAGAUGGGAAAUGGAUUAUAGAGUAUGAUUAUGGACUAUUGUGUGAAUUGGGAAGAAUAGAGAUAAAAUUCAAAGAAUCAAAACCAGGGAUAAAUGUGACCUAUUGCGAUAAGUUUGAGAUCUACUUUAUUCUCUAUGAAGGUUUGCAAUUAUACAUUUUAAAAAGGAAAAUGAUUUUGCUGAAUUCCAUAAAGUUUGAUUCAAAAUACACAGUGGGACUUCACUACUUUAGUGGUCAUUUGUUGUUAUUAGGAUUGGAAGAGAUUGAUUUGUUAAAGUUUGAAUUUAUUAUCAAGAAGAAGGACCCUAAAAUAGAAAGCGAAGUCAAGAAUUCCAAAUCAUUUAAAUAGAACUCAAAAUACGCUAAGCUAGAUCAUAAAAAUAGAAAGAUUGAUUAAGACAAAUUACCUGAAAUUAAAUAACAACAACAUGAGAUCGAUUUUAAGAAAGAAUAAAAGAAAAACAAACCUCCCAACUAAACCAAUAAUAAAAUAUAAGAAGAAGAUAAAUGCAAGUAUUUGGCUAAGGAUAAUUUUGACAUAGCUUAUGUAAGUAAAAAGUCUAUUUACACAAGCAAAAAAAAAAAUAGCAAAGAAAAAAAUAGUAGAGAAGAAAUUUACAAAGAAAAAAAUUACAAAGAUGAAAAUGGCAAGGAUGACAAUAUCAAAGAAAAAAACAGCAAAGAAAAGAAUAGUGAGGAAUGGAUUUUAAGUUUUUAUAUUAAUGAAGACUUUUUAUUUUUCUGGAGCGAUAAAGAUUUAACUAUUAUGAAGUAGGCAAUGAUAGCUCAAAUUCAAAAGGAAUGGGAUAAUGAUAAUAUUUAGGGAUUCUCCAAUUGGUUUAAUAGAGUUAAAUUGUAAAUUGAUGACUAAUCAGAAGGAACAUAUAAUACUAUUCAAACAAUAACCUUCUAAUUGGUGUAAAAAUAUCAUGAUCUCACAAAACAUGAAAAUUUGAUAACUUAAGUCUUGCAUUUUAUAGAAUAUAGAUAUUUUGUAACUGGAUUUGAAACAGGAUAAAUAAAACUGUGGAAAAUUAAUACUGCAGUAAAACAGAGUGAAUUGUUAGUACAUUCAUAUGAAGGACAUUCAAAAUAAAUUGAAUCUUUAAUCAGAAGCAAGAACGAUAAGAUGUUUUGGAGUCAGGGCCAAGACUUUUCAAUAAAAUUAUGGGACAUUUAGGUAUUUGUAACAAAUUUAAUAGUUUCCUUAAAGCAAUUUACAAAUGUAUACGCAGUAAAUAUAAUUGGGAUCUAUUCAAAUUUGCAGUUGCUAACUAGAAGUCGAUUUCUAUUGAGAAAUGACUACGAAAUGUACAUUGGAUACUUAAAUAACAAUCUAAAAAUAUAUAGAACCAUAAAUUCUAAAAUAGUGUCAUAUUACAAAUAUGAUGACAGCAUCCUUUUAGCACUUGAUAAUACACCAGGACUUUCAGUAUAGGAGAACUGCGAGCCUAUUAUCUUGUAUCCACCUCCUAAGUCUAUGGAAGUAAGAUAAAUUGUUACUGAUGGUCAAUUGUACUUCAUGCUGUUAGAAACAGGAAUGUUGUUCAUAAAUUCUAAUUAAACUUAAAUAUAAUGCAUUUAAAGUGAAGAGAUUAUGGAUUUUGACAGUUAUCAUAUGGUUUAGGUAAUUGUUUCAGUGUAUCUUCCUUAAAAAAUUAAACUCCCUUGUUAUGAUGCUGAUUUUGGUCAAUCUAGAGAUUUGUAAUGUUAAGAAUAGUUAAUUUUUGGUAUGUCAAAAGGAUCAGUGAUUGCAGUUCAGAAGAAUAAUCCUAAGAAAAUAUAUGCAAGAAUGAGUUAUCAUAGGGAAAAGGUUAUUAACAUUGCUGAGAUAGAUAAUUAUCUAUUCACUUAUUGUUCUGAAGGGCUGUUGAAAUUGAUUUCUAUAACAGAAAAGUAAAUAAAGUGUAUCAGAUCCUUCAAUUCUAAUUAAUAAAUUGCAUAUUUUACUACUUUCCAUAACAAAGCCUUAUUUUUCACUUAUAAGGGUCCAUUUCAAAUUUUUAAAUUCAAAAAUGAGUAAUUGUAUUUACAUUGUGAUGACAAAGGAAAUGAUCAUGAAUAACAAGUUCUGUCAGUCGAUUAUCAAUAGAAAACUAAGACUUAUUUGACAGCCGCAUCGGAUGGUAAGAUUAAGUUAUGGUCCUCAAGAAAAAUCCUAUUGAUUUAAUUGAUAAUGGAAGAUAACCUAGAGGGAGCGUGGGUUUUGAAGUAAAAUCUAUUAAUAGCUCAUUGUGGAAAGCUCUCUUUAAUAUCCUUAGAAGAUUGCAAAUUUAACACCAUAAAUCAUAACCAACCUAAAUAGAAAAAGGAAUAAUAAAUAAAAUUUGAAGACUAUUAUCAACUAAUAAAGAUUUAGUAACAGCAAUAGAAAUAAUAGGCUGAUACAAAAAUCAUUCAGCAGUAGGAAGUACUCAAUAAACAAUAAUAUAAAUUGAAAAAUAAAGCCUCUGUAUCCUAUGUGGCCGGAAAAAUAUAUUAUGAAGAGAAUAAUAAACCUAUCAUUUUAUACAAGGGAAAAGACUCCGAUUUGGAUUCUUCAAAGCAUUCGUCUUAAUCAAGCAUUUCAAUUUAAGAACAAAUUCACUCUUAAUAAUAAACUUAGUAAUAGAUUAUAAGACCAAAAAAGUAAAAAGAUUUACUUCAUGAUUGGGAAGGAUUGUAAGAGUAUGAGGAGAAUAGAAUUAAUAGGUUCUAACCUAUUUAAGCUUUACCAAAAUUACUUUUAAAUUCAGUAGAUAGAAAAUAACCUUCGCGCUAAAGAAUUAUAAGUCGGAGAGAUUUGACUCUUUAAAGAAUUAUAUUACAGAGCAUCAACUAAUGA